AGGACAAGGGCAGCAGCAGCACUCGCCGCUCGUGACUGCCUCCAUGUGCAGCAGCAGCAGCAGUGCGCGCGUGAACCGUGAGCGGGUGUCAAAGUCAACGAUGCGCGCGUGUGUGUGAACACAGCCAUUGUCAGUGCUUGCCAAUAAGGACUUGCCUAGAACGGGAGUGUCAUUUUGCAUCCAUAAUACUACUACCGUCUCGAAACAUCAACACUGUCGCCGCUGCUGCUGCUGUCGCUGCCACUCGGAGCGCAUGGAGAUGGAGGCGGCGGGGCUGGCUGCGUUGCUGGAGGAGGGAUCGCGACCCCCAGCCCGGUAUCCGUGGUUGCAAUGCGUCUGUGCGAAACGUCAUGGGGCGCACGUUGAGUGCGUGAAGAGUUGUUUGAGAAUGGGCACGUGGAGGUGGCGUUGUCUCCUGUGGGCCCUGACCGCGGUGUUGACCCUCGCACUCACCGGCUGCGUCGUGGCCCUAAUGCUGCCGCCACGGGCAACAGCUGGAGACGUACAGAAGUGGCGCACGUGCACGACGAGCCACUGCGUGCAGGCCGUGAGCGCCAUGUGGGAGGCUCUGAACUCGUCGGGCGACCCCUGCGAGGACUUCUACGGCUUCAGCUGUGGCCGAUGGCUCCAGGGGAGCGAGCAGCCCACGGGGAAACCUCACCGGGGAACCUGGCAGGAGCUCGACAAAAAUAACCAGAUAGCCAUGCACAGAUUUCUGGAAAACGCUACGAUCAAGGAGACCGACGCGGAGAGAAAAGUCCAGCGGUUUUACCUCUCAUGCCUGAACAGCAGCAGCAGCAGCAGAACUCUGCUUGGGAGCCGAUCACUCAACGGCAUCAUCAGCCAGCUGGGCGGGUGGCACGGCGGGCUCCCCACCACCACCACCACCGGCGCCACCACUGGCGACGCUGAGCUGCAGCAGCUACUGCAGCUCCUCGGCAGGAACUUCUCCCUCGGAGCGUUCUUCAAGCUGGGCGUCGGCUCCCUGCCGUUCGACUCCAAGCAGAGAGCCCUCAGGCUUUCAGUUCCAGACCUGGGCCUGCCAUCUCCUGACUAUUACCUUAACACGACGGCAGAUGAUAAGGUGCUCACCGCCUACCUGGACUUCAUGGUCAGGAUCCGACAGCUGCUGGGCGGUGCGGACGAGCGGGCCGCGUCGUCCGACAUGCGCCUCGUGCUGCAGCUCGAGUCGAGGCUCGCUGGGAUCAUGGCUCUGACAGGCAGCAGCAGGAAUCCCGGAUUCAUCACGUUCAGGGACCUGCAGGAUAUGUUACCAUUACUGGACUGGGCCCAGUAUUUCCGUGAGGUGUUCUACCCACUGGCUCCGUACGGUCAAAGAACCGUGGUGAUCGAUAACAAGGAGUACUUCCACGGCGCGUUUCACGUCGUCAACAACACAGACAGAAGAGUGCUGCGUCUGUAUGCGUUGUGGAGCCUCGUGCGGCAGCUGUUGCCCAGUUUGGAUGGGAGGUACGAGGACGCCAAGCAAGACCUCAUGGUGGCAAUCCACGGAGCGGACAAUGUCGAGUCACGAGCGCGCUGGGAGUUCUGCGUGGAGGAGACCAACCGGGCCCUGCCCCUGGGCCUGGGAGCUCUUUACGCCAGGGCCACGUUCAACGCAACGCAGCGGCGCACGGCGGAGGACAUCGUUACAAGGAUACGAAAUGCAUUCGUGAGCAACCUGGACAGCAUCGCGUGGAUGGACGGCAAGACUCGCGCGGCAGCCAAAGAGAAGUCCAUGUCCAUCAAAUUUCAAGUUGGGUAUCCCGAAGGGAUGCUUGAGCCAGGAUUCCUGGAUCGAUUGUACGCCAAUGUCACGGUGUCGGGAAGCUUGUUUGAGAACACGCUGGAGCUGUACCGGACGCGGAGGGAAACCCUGCAGCAGCAGCUGAGCGCACCCGUGGACACCAACGACGACAACAAUGGGUGGAGCAUGAACCCUCAGACGGCCAACGCGUACUACUCCCCGGAGGAGAACACCGUCGUCCUCCCCGCGGCGCUCUUCCAGCCGCCGCUUUUCCACGAAGACUUCCCCAUGGCGGUGAAUUUCGGCAAAAUUGGCGUCGUCAUCGGCCACGAAGUGACUCACGCGUUCGACGACCAAGGCCGGAGGUUCGACGGCCAGGGCCGGAUGCGUGCGUGGUGGUCGAGCGCGUCGCUCGCCGCCUUCAAGCGGCGCAGCGACUGCCUGGUGGGGCUCUACGAGCGCUGGGCGGCAGCGGCGGGGGGCGGCGAGGGGCGCUUCAGCGGCCGGCAGACCCUGGGGGAGAACGUCGCCGACUUGGGCGGCAUCAAGACGGCAUUCCGGGCCUACGAGAUGUGGACAGAGGAGAGGGGCGAGGAAGCCUUCCUGCCAGUGAGGAAUCUCACCGACCGGCAAAUCUUCUUCACAGCCUUCUCUCAGGUGUGGUGCUCCGUGGAGACGGCGGAGGACCGCCGGCGCCAGCUCCUGCCGCGGGACACGCACAGCCCCGCACGCGUCCGGACGCUGGCGUCUCUGUCCAACUCGGCCGAGUUCGCCGCCACCUUCAACUGCCCCGCGGCGGCGCCGAUGAACCCGCGGAACAAGUGCGACGUCUGGUGACCCGGGGCGGCGCCGGGCGCCCGUUUCACCGCUGGGAGGCGGGAGGGUCGGGCGCUUUGAGGGCCCACUGCCAAGCCACCAGCGUGGAGUUUGCGACCACGAGUUUUCGGGAUCCCACAGUGCCCAGCCGGCGUCUUGGGAGAGUGGGAACGAGCGGCUUUGUGUGUUGCUUUGUGAUCGAACAGUCUGCCUUGAACGUGCGGUCAAAAUGUUUACCAGUAUUUACCAGUGUGUCUAUACCAAUGCAACAAAAGAAGCAGCAAUAACACUGUGGCCUUCAUCAGGAACGGUGUACAAUAGGUGACGGUGUCGCGGAAUGGCCAUUCUUCACAGCGCAAGAGAGAGGCCCCCCGCUGCACCUCUCCAGCCCCUCGACGCACUGUGAAACACCGCCCAUUAUCCACCGUCUCUUACUUAGAUGGUCACACGGCAAUAUUGAAGAACGCGUUGAGGUUUUUAUGACUUACUGUUUGAGCUUGUGCACCACUGCCAGUGCAGCGUCGCCAAAUAAUUUGUUUGAUACUCCCAUGUGCUUAGCCGCUUGAGAAUAGAGGGGCCAGACGAGCAGGGCUGUUGAGGGCUGUUGAGAGCGGGGAAGCCAUCGCCUGAUCAGCAGCCACGGCCGGGGGAGCUGCUGUGAGUCGGGGUGUUCACGCGCUAAGCAAUCGCUAAACAAUCGCUAAGAAUCGCUAAGCAAUCGCUAAGCAAUCGCGCGCUUUGCGUAUGGCGAGCGACGCUCACGAGGCCAGCAACGGGCAGCUCAAACGCCGUAAGGUGGCACAGUGGGGGGGGCACAGGUGGUGCAUCUGCCAGUCGUCUCGGUCAGGCAACCCAUGGCACCCGCUGCGUCUGUCCCUGAACUCCUGCCAGCGGGCCUACGUCAUGUAAUUUCCUCAAGGUGCACCUAGCCUGGCAAGAGCACCUUGCUGACGUCAUCGCUACUUCGUGGCAAACGGCGGUUGUUGUAGAGUAUAUAGUUUGUUUUUUAAUAAAAAUACUAAGUGAUAAUUUCA